GAGGAUAGAAGACUUUAUAUUGCCUUGCCUUAGGAUACUGUAAUUAGAUGGUCCUGGGAACAGUACCAGAGCCCUCAUAACCACGGGGCAGAACCUGAAGGGCUUGCUUCUGAACAGGUUAGUGUGGGAGUGAAGAGUGUAUUGCGAAUAUUUUUGGUAUGAGGACUCAGAAGAAAAUGGGAAGCUUGGAAACAAACUGAGGGACAUCAAAUUUGCAGAAAAUAAGGAAGAACUAAAGAACUGAGAGAAAUUAUAGAUGCAUUGGAUACAUGGCUCACACAAAUGAAUCGGUGGUGUCUGAGUUUGUGCUUCUGGGACUCUCUAAAUCCUGGGAUCUUCAGCUUUUCUUUUUUGCCAUCUUCUUUAUGGUGUAUGUGACAUCACUGCUGGGCAAUAUCAUGAUUAUUAUCAUCAUUUCCUCUGACUCUCACUUUAAUUCUCCCAUGUACUUCUUGCUCAGUAACCUUUCUUUCAUUGAUAUCUGCCAAUCUAACUUUGCAACCCCCAAAAUGCUUGUGGACUUUUUUGUUGAGUACAAGACUAUCUCCUUUGAGGGUUGCAUGGCCCAGAUAUUCCUUCUCCAUAGUUUUGUUGGGAGUGAGAUGAUGCUGCUUGUAGCUAUGGCAUAUGACAGGUUUAUAGCCAUUUGUAAGCCCCUACACUAUAGUACAAUUAUGAAUCAGAGACUAUGUAUAAUCUUUGUGUUUAUUUCCUGGGCUGUGGGCAUUCUUCAUUCUGUGAGCCACUUGGCUUUUACAGUGGAUCUGCCAUUCUGUGGCCCCAAUGAAGUAGACAGCUUCUUUUGUGACCUUCCCCUAGUGAUAGAGCUGGCUUGCAUGGAUACUUAUGAAAUGGAAAUUGUGAUACUAACUAACAGUGGCCUGAUAUCACUGAGCUGUUUUCUGGCUUUAAUUAUUUCCUACACCAUCAUUUUGAUCACUGUCUGGCGUCGAUCCUCCAGUGGGUUAUCCAAGGCACUUUCUACAUUAACUGCCCACAUCACAGUGGUAAUUCUUUUCUUCGGGCCUUGCAUUUAUUUCUACAUAUGGCCUUUUAGCAGACUUUCGGUGGAUAAGUUCUUUUCUGUGUUCUACACAGUUUGUACACCCAUGUUGAACCCCAUCAUCUACUCUCUGAGGAAUGAAGAUAUUAAAUCAGCCAUGCGAAAGUUGAGAAAUCAUCAUGUGAACUGGAAAAACCAGGGCUCACUAUGAAGGAACAUAACCCUGAAUGAUAAUGACGGGCCUCCACUGGAUCACAGCAACAGGGUUUUUGCUAAUGACAUGGGUUAUUGAGCUAUAGAACUGGAUUUUUGUCCUAAGUGGAAGGGAAUUGCAAAACAUCAGUUCCUGGUUUAAUAUUUAAAGACAAUUUAAACCAAAUUUUUCAUUAGUUAUGAUUCUAAAGUAUAAAUUCUCUUAAAAUAUGUAAUAAUCUUUUACAUAAUUUAUUUUAAAAAUUAGAGAUUUUAAUCUACAUAAAACACUACUUAUAUUACUAACCUUGUGGUUCUCUUCAAUUGAAGUGAUAUCUUAUACCUUACAAAUUGAGUUUCUGAUAUCUUCAUUAAACUUAUUCAUAAUUUUUUUCAUAUAUUGACCUAGUAGAAAAAUAUUGUGUUUUACAACAUGGAUUUCACAACAUUAAUGUAUAUUUAUUAGCUUCUCUUUUCUUUGUGUAUUGAAUGUUUGGUUAUUUAUAGUUUGGUUGUUAUACAUUUGGUUAUAUAUAAUUAUUUCUACUACUACUAGGCUCCAAGAAUUUUUUUGUUUUCUUUUAAUUAUUUGAUAUUCUUUUGUACUCACUAUAAAACUUUUUCUAUACAUUUGGUGCUAUCAGCAGCAUAUAUAUUUUCCAAAUCUACUUUUUUUUAAGCAGGAUAAAUUGGUUAUAAUAAAUUCUAUGUUAUUCAUAAAAAAUAAUUGCAAACAUUUUUUAAAUUGAUUGCAAAUAUGGCAGGUGUUGAGUAUUUAAAUUCAGAGAAAAAGUUAAUUUCAUAUGUACCUAAAAUACGCAAAUGCCAAACUGACAAGAAAUUACCUGCACCUAAAGAUCAAAACUGAAAUCUAUAUUUAAAUAUUUCUUGGAGAAUAAAAGCAAAAGUGAAAUUCAUGUACCUCUAAAAAUAAAGAUUAAAAAUCUAUUAAUUAUUGUUUCACUUGCUAGUCAAAAGUUUUAUUAUGUAACUUCUCCCUGGAUUUAUACUAUGAUAAAGGCCUUGUAACAGAAAGACUAAUUAUAGUCUAAUAAUGAAAAGGAGAAUUAUUUAACUGAAAAUAGAAAGCCUGCAUUCAGUACUCUGGAUUCAGUAUUUUAAGUAUAUUAUAAGACAUAAGUCAGUGGCUAUGUGCAUAGUUAUUAACUCUGCAUGCUAAAUCUUAGUGCAAGCUGAAUUUUAGGUACAGACAUACAGUCUUUUUGAAUCACAGCAGUACUUAAGUUUUCUUGGAACUUAAUCUUUUUGUCAGCUUCAUUUAUACAAUGUCAAACAUAGUAAUGAUCUUUUAAAUUUGACUACUGUUCAUAUAUUUUUAAACAGUGCCAAAAACAUUAAAUUAAAUAAAAAUUAAA